AUGGGGCUUUUGUCAUCUAUAUCCUGCCAGUUUGGUGGUCAGCAAGGACAAUAUGGUGGAAAUUAUGGUGGAGGUUAUGGUGGUGGUUUUGGUGGAGGUUAUGGUGGUGCUGGUGCUGGUGCUGGUGCUAGUGCUAGUGCUGGUCUUGGUGGUAAUGUUGGUGCUAAUGCUGGUGUCAGUUUUGGUGGUGGUCUUGGUGGUAAUGUUGGUGGUAUUGUUGGUGGUGCUGGUGCUGGUGCUGGUGCUGGUGCUAAUGCUGGUGUCAGUUUUGGUGGUGGUCUUGGUGGUAAUGUUGGUGGUAUUGUUGGUGGUGCUGGUGCUGGUCUUGGUGGGGAAUUAUGUUGA